AUGAUGCGCGAGAACAUCAUCAAUAAAGACAACAACAAACAGAUGACGACGAGAGAACGGCAGCACAUCGAGGUGGCGAAGUUAGAGGCGGAGUUGAACGCGCUGAAAGUGGACGCGUUCGCGAAGCCUGGAAACCUGUCACCAAUUCUGGAAAAAAUGCUCGUUCUUGAAAAAUCCUACCGAUUGUCGGCUGAUUUCGUCGCCACGCCUCGCUUAUGCGUGGCUAUUCUCGCGGUGUUGAGACAAGCGAACGACUGGCAAGGGAUUUGCGAACACGUUAUAUUACUGUCGAAACGAAGAGCGCAGUUGAAACAAGCGAUUGGGGCAGUCGUGAGGGAAGCGAUGUCGUACAUCGACGAGACGCCGGACGUGAAGACGAAGACGCAGUUGAUCGAAACGUUGAACGAAGUCGCGUCGGGGAAGAUUUUUGUGGAAGUGGAAAAGGCGAGAUUGACGAGAAUUUUAGCGCGUUUACACGAAGAAGCCGGGAGAAUAAGCGAGGCGGCGAGCGUGAUGCAAGAGGUGGCGAUUGAAACGUACGGCGCGUUAUCGAAGAGAGAGAAGGUGUUUUUUAUCGAAGAGCAAAUUCGUUUGUGCAUGAAGAACGACGAUUACGUGCGAGCGAGGAUUUUAAGCAGAAAGAUCAACGUGAGAAGUUUCGACGAGAUUAAACGAUUGGAAGAGAAAGAAGCGCUGAAGAAGAAGAAGAAACUGGAAGAAGAAGGCGGAAUAGAUGCGAUGAUGAUGGACGAGGACGAGAAGAAACGCUUCGAGGAGGUUGAAAAAGAAGAGAAGAAGGAGAAAGAAAGCGCGGUUCAACACGCGAAAGGCGUGUUCGCGGAAACCGAUCCGAGCGUUCCGGAUUUACCGACGUUGCGUUUGAAUUAUCACAACUUGAUGGUGCAAUAUUUCGAACGAGAGAAGGAUUACUUGGAACAGUGUCGAUGUUACAAGGCGAUUUUAGAGUGCGAGUUGGUGAAGGAGGAUAAAUCAAAGUACGAGCCGGCGAUGGAAUCGUGCGCGUGGUUGGUCAUUUUGAGCGAAAGAGACCCGAUGCAACAAAGCUUACUCCACCAAACGCUGAACGACGAUAGGUUAAAGGAAAUGAAAACGUACGAAGAGUUGUUGAAGAAGUUCACGACGUACGAAAUCAUCCGAUGGGACGAGUUGAGCGAAACGUACGCCGAGGAAAUCACGAAACACUUUGCCGCCGGUCAUAGCAAUCAACAAAAACAAGAGGAAAUGAACGUAAAAGCGGGUACGACGAUGAAAGUAGACUCUAGCGCAGAUGGGAAAGCCACGACGAAAUUGGAAGACUUGCAAUCGCGCGUGAUUGAACACAACUUGUUCGUCGUCGCCAAGUAUUACAACCGCAUCUCUUUAUCGAGACUUUCCGAACUGUUGUGCUUAACCGUGGACGAAGCCGAGACGCGCUUGUCGAAAUCCGUCUGCUCGAAAAAAGUCCACGCGAAAAUCGACCGACCGAACGGCAUCGCCACCUUCAGAAAAGUCAACAACAACAGCACUUCCCCUGGGAACGAGAAAGACGGUUCUAACGCUUCUUCCUCCUCUGAAACCGCGCCGGACCAACUUCUCAACUCGUGGGUAAACAACGUCGACUCUUUGCUCGCGGCUUUAGAUAAAGCCGGGAACUUGAUCUACAAAGAAGCGAUGACGCACAAAGUCUCUCUUCUCACUUUGGAAGCGUAG